AAUCGCACCAGACGGGAGGAAAGCGAGGGAGAGACUACCAUGGCUUUUACCUCCUUCAACAGAACCAAGCCACCAAGCUUCAAAACCAACGCCACCCUUCUAGCCACCCGAGUCCUAAAAUGCCGGUGGUUCAUGCUCUACGCGUGCUUCCUCAUCAUGACCUCCUCCGGCGCCACCUACAUCUUCGGCAUCUACUCCAAAGACAUCAAAUCCUCCCUCAACUACAACCAGCAGACCCUCAACACUCUCUCCUUCUUCAAAGACCUCGGCGCAAACGUCGGCAUCCUCUCCGGCCUCAUCAACGAGAUCACCCCUCCCUUCGUCGUUCUCCUCCUCGGCUCCUUCAUGAACCUCUUCGGAUACCUAAUGAUCUACUUUUCCAUCACGGCCCGCCUCCCCCGCCCGGCCGUUUGGCAGAUGUGUCUCUACAUCUGCAUCGGAGCCAAUUCCCAAUCUUUUGCCAACACCGGCGCGCUCGUCACGGCCGUCAAGAAUUUUCCGGAGAGCCGCGGAAUCGUGCUCGGCUUACUCAAAUGCUUUGUUGGUCUCAGCGGCGCUAUUUUCACCCAGCUUUACUUGGCUUUCUACGGCGGUGAUGAUUCGAAAUCUCUCGUUUUGCUUGUUGCUUGGCUUCCGGCCGCUGUAUCGCUUUUGUUCGUGUAUACUGUGCGUAUAAUGGAGCCGCCGCGUGGCAGUGGCGUUGGGGAUUCGGCGAAGCCUUUUUAUUAUUUUCUGUACCUCGCCGUCGCUCUCGGUGGUUAUCUGCUGGUUACUAUUGUGGUGGAGAAGGUUGUUUCGUUCUCCCGUGCCGAGAUGAUUGCCAACGGGGCCAUUGUUAUCUUGCUUCUCGUCAUCCCUGUCGCAGUUGUCGUGAAGGAAGAAGUUAACAGCUUGAAGCAGAGCAUGGCUGUGACACAGCAGAAGAGAUGUAGCAUUGAUGCGUCCUGUGAGGAAGAAGCCAAUCAGAGAAAGACCAUAACAGACCAGAAGAGCAUCGAUGGCGCCUCGUCCGGGGAAGAAGAAACCAAGAUCAUAGCAGAACACAAAAUCAUCUCCCAUAUAAUCGAAAUUUUCAGGCCGCCGGCGAGGGGUGAGGACUACUCCAUCCUCCAAGCUUUAUUCAGCAUCGACAUGCUAAUCCUUUUCUUCUCAACAAUCUGCGGCGUCGGCGGCACCUUAACGGCUAUCGACAACAUGGGUCAAAUUGGCGAGUCAUUAGGCUACCCUUCUCGCAGCAUCAACACCUUCGUCUCCCUCAUCAGUAUCUGGAACGCUAUGGGCAGAGUCGCCGCCGGUUUCAUCUCAGAAAUCCUCUUAACCAAAUACAAAUUCCCGCGACCUCUAGUGCUCACUGUCGUUCUCCUUCUGGCUUGCUCCGGCCAUCUCCUCAUCGCCUUCGGCGUGCCCAAUUCGCUCUACAUCGCGUCGGUGAUUAUCGGAUUCUGUUUCGGAGCGCAGUGGCCAUUACUCUUUGCGAUAAUUUCGGAAUUGUUUGGGUUGAAGUAUUACUCCACGCUUUACAAUUUUGGCGGCGUGGCGAGCCCGAUUGGGUCUUAUAUACUGAAUGUGAGAGUGGCGGGAUAUUUAUAUGACAGGGAGGCGGAGAGGCAGAGCGGCGGCGGCGGCGGAAAGGAGGUGGCUUGCGUUGGCGUGAAAUGUUUUCAGUUAUCAUUUCUGAUUAUUACAGCGGCGACGGUGAUUGGGGCGACUGUUUCGUUGGUAUUGGCGGUAAGGACGAGGAAGUUUUACAAGGGAGACAUAUAUGCUCGAUUCAGGAAGGCGGCGCCGGAGGAAGCCAUGGAAAGAGGUUCUUCUGCUGAUAAGCUCGGAGAAAGGAGGAUAGAUGAAGGGGAGAUUAUUAGGGAGAUGGAUUUUACAGUGAGAUGAUUGAUCUUUAAGGGGUGUUUGUUAUCGGCUUAGAUUCAACUUUAAUAGAAUUUAGUAAAUCCUGUAAAUUCAGAAUUAGUAAA